GUUUCAUCAUUGAAUGACAUACUAACUUCCAUAGAUCUUCUCACUCAGCCAUGUCGGUCCGUUGCAGUAGUAAGACGUUCACCACUCGGAGUGUGAUCGGGUCAUCUGGCCUGGGUUCCUCUAGUGGAUUGGUCAUGAACGGAUUGGGGAGUUCAGGGUCCUCUUUGUCUUUCAGUGGACAACAUUAUGGCAGCGCUGGGGGCUUUGGCGCAUGCAUCUCCAGAUCUUUGUCCUCCUCAUCCUUGACGACAGCUAGUUAUGAGGUCGCAUUGCAUGGCAAUGAGAAGGAGACGAUGCAGAACCUCAAUGACCGCCUGGCAUCUUACCUGGAGCGGGUGCGCUCUUUAGAGCAGGCCAACGAGAAACUUGAUCUGCAAAUUAAGGAGUUUUAUGACAACAAGACACCGCUGCAGAGCAAAGACAUGAGUGCUUAUUUCAAAACCAUUUUGGAGCUCCGCACACAGAUUAACAGCCGUUAUAUGGAGAACGCUAAGCUCCAUCUGAAGCUGGACAACACCAGACUCACAGCUGAAGAUUUUAAACUGAAGUAUGAUACUGAAAUGAACCUGCGUAUGGUUGUGGAAGCGGAUUUGGCUCGACUGCGGAGGGUUCUGGGAGAGAUCAAACUGACCAUUGGAGAUCAAGAGAUCCAGCUUACUGCACUGAAAGAGGAGCUGCUGUACCUCAAGAAGAGCCAUGAAGAGGAUCUGCAUUUGUUGCGAGAGCAGCAAAGCGGCUCUGUUAACGUGGAGAUAGACUGUGUAUCUCAGUCAGACCUUGACAAGGAGCUGCAGGAGAUGAGAGCUCAAUAUGAGAUGCUUAUUGAGAAAAACCGCGGAGAGGCUGAAAGAUGGUUCCAGAGCAAGGCGGAGGUGUUGCAAACUCAGGUGACCACCAGCUAUACUGAAAUCAAGACAUCUCAGACUGAGCUCACUGAUCUGGAGAGAACUUUCCAGAGCCUGGAGAUAGAACUGCAGGGGGUUCUCACAAUGAAACAAAACCUGGAGCAGAGUUUGGAUGAUGUAGGCCUGCGCUAUUCAGACCAGCUGAGUCAGCUGCAGUUGCGCAUUGACCACCUGCAGGAGGAGCUAGAGAAACUCAAUGCCAACAUCAAACAACAGGCUUCAGAGUACCAGCUACUGCUGGACAUCAAGAUGAGGCUGGAGAUGGAGAUUGCUGAGUACAGGAGGCUGCUGGAUGGAGAAGCUCACACGACCUCCAUAAUCACAUGUGAAUCUUCCAUGACUAAAACUUGCGUGGCAGAAGUGGAAAUGGUGACAGAAGAGCCAGAAACGGUGACCAAAACAGAUGAGAUAGUGGAAGAGCAAGAGCAUAACCAUCACCACCAGCGCAGAGUGACAUUCAUUGUGGAGGAGCUUGUGGAUGGUAAAGUCGUAUCUUCUUCUGUUAAAGAGCAAGUCCAAGAAAUUAGCUGAGAAGAUAAUGUAACAGCAAACACAAUCUUGCAUGUAAUCUACAGUAUACAGACAAAUGUUAUGGCUAGGGUGGCCAUAUGUCCUCUUUUACCCUGGCUGGGAUUUCUAAAUGGCCUGUGUUUUCCUAUUGUUUUCAUACUUGAAUCGUGGCAGGCGAGAAUGGCGGGAUCUACAGAGAAUGGUCAAAGCAAUGCAAAUACACAUAUAAUGUAUGAGACAAACCUGGACAUUUUGGGCAACUUAGAAAUCCCAGCCAGGACAUGUAUGGGAAAAAGAGGACUUAUUGUCAUCAUAGUUAAUGGAAAGAUUAAAUGUAAACAAAUCAGUAUCAAUCAUUAACAGUUCUGUGGGAUUUUUGGGAUUGUUGGAAUUUUUUUUUUCUUGCACUAAGAAUAAAAUGUGUUUAUGAUCAAGUAU